AAAUCAAAGACGAGCACACUUCCGUAAACGAAAACGAGUUUUUUGGAUUUGCUGUUCCACCGUAAUUUUUUGUACUUUUUGUGAUAUUUGAACAGUUUUUCUGUAGCUAUGGAUCGCAGCAGGUCGCCGGAAAGAGCCGGCAGAGACAAAAAACACGAGAAGAAGAAAAAGCGGAGGCGAUCCUCGUCCUCUUCUUCCUCCUCUUCUUCUUCAUCGUCGUCUUCUUCGUCCAGCAGCAGGAGUCACAGCAGAGCGACUAAAAAAAAAGCUUCACACAAGAGCAGAGAUGAGAAAAUACACCAAAAGAAGCGCAGAAGACACUCCUCUUCUUCAUCAUCCAGCUCUUCCUCCUCCUCGUCAUCUUCAUCCUCGUCGAGCGAUGAGAAGACAAAGAAGAAGAAAAGCAAAGCCAAGAAGAAGAAGCUGAAGAAGAAGAAGGCGAAGCUGAAGAAACAGAAGAAAAAAGAGAAAAAGAAGAAGCUGAAGAAGAAGGAAAAGGAAAAGAAGAAGGCAGAGGCGCAGCUGCCUGCUGGUCCGGCUGAAAAACCUCCGUCCUACCUGGAGGUGUGGCAGAGUGAUGAGGGGGCCGUGGAGCUCGGCCCUGUCAUGACGGAUGAGCAGAAGGCCCGACUCUCCACCAAGAGGCCUCUAACCAAGGAGGAGUACGAGGCCAGGCAGAGCGUGAUCCGCAGGGUGGUGGACCCUGAAACAGGACGGACCAGGCUGGUGAGAGGAGAAGGAGAGAUCAUAGAGGAGAUAGUCAGCCGGGAGAAACACAAGGAGAUCAACAAGCAAUCUACCAAGGGAGACGGCAACGCCUUCCAGAGGAAACUGGGAAUCAACAGGUAGAAGACUUUUACAGUCUGGCUGCAGCUUUGCUAAACUGAAACCAUCUUCUUCAGAGUGAGUUCACCCAGACUGAAGCUGAAACCUUCUCUGAAUAUUUAACAAGAUGCAUUUUUCAUAAUGCAGAUUUGUCUGUGAUCGAACUGUGCAGUAGUGAUCGGAACAUGUGUCUCUCCGAGGAGACGUGAAGAGAAACAGAUGAGUUAUGGGUUUAAAAUGUUAAGUCAGCUGAUGCAGCAGCUCAUGACGUGCCAAAGUGUAUGUUUACACUGAUUUAUGCACGUUUGUUUUGCCUGUUUAAAAAGCAUAUCAGUGUGUAAAGUUAAACAGCGAUACUUUAAUGAGUCAUGAACUCAAACAUUCAACUGUUUGCAUCAUGUCUGCCUAAUGUAAGAGGCUGAUCUAAGUGUUCAGUAUCUUUAUCGAUGUUGUCUCAUGUUUUGUUUCAUUUCUCUGAAUAAGUGUGAAUUUGUGUGAACUACUGCCAGAAAAAUAAAUUUUGUGUCCUGGA